AUGCGCCCCACAUUUUUAGGACGUUCCUAUCGAACACAUAUCCUACCUGUAAAGGGAAGAUCGGGCAAGACCCUUAUCUGUUCUUCUCAUCCGUACCGUACUCUUUAUAGAGAAUCUGUCAAAGAAUAUGAGACCUUUGUAGAAGGCAAUCGGCCGGAAAUCGAUGCCUUACAGCAUAAUAUUGGACUUGGAUUAGCUUCCUCCAAAAAAGAAAAAGCUAGUGGCAGUGACUCUUCCAUGUCAAAUAGUCUUCCAGUUGAGAUUUACGGUUCCGAGUUAGAUUCUAAUUGCGAGAAGGAGGAACUUAACUCCGAUUGUGAUGGUGACUGCCUAAUAAGAAUGGAGAAUAGGAGUACGCCACUCGUGGUCAGAGGAGAGCCUGGAGGAGAAUGGGAGAAAGCUUUUAGUUUGCCUUCAUUCCAUAGCUACUUAGUACCUCAUAUCCCUUCUCCUUUGAGAACUACCACUCAAGACUGUUGGAUCACUCAUCAAUGUCAUCAGCUUAAAAUUAUGGCUUUGGGGAAGCCGAUGCUAACUUGGCUGACACUGACACCGAGAGGAAAAGGCUUCUUGAUGGCAUUCCCGGCCUACGAGAAUAUCCUCUUCCCCAGGAAAGCUAACUCAAUAGGAAUUCUCUCUCUCGCCGAUGCUAUUGAAUCCGCAUCUGUUGGUCUUGAUGGUAGGGAUAUAAGACCAACAGUGGCUGUGUAA